AAUCCCCGGUCAAAACAAGCAAGACGGGAACCGAUCACUUUUACUGACCGGGACCUUCCCGCCACCGGAGAAGAUCACAAUGACCCCCUGGUGAUAACUAUGGACAUGGGUGGAGUUGAUGUCUCCCGGGUACUUGUUGACACGGGCAGCAGUGUUAACAUUUUGUACCUGGAGGCAUUUGAGAAGCUCAAGUUGUGUCGAACACGGCUUGAGCCCCUAAAGACUCCCCUGUCUGGGUUUACCGGGGACUCAGUCGAAGCUGAAGGGUCGAUUCUUCUAACUUGUGAGCUGGGCACAGGCGACCAAGUCGUCCAAAAGCAAAUGAGGUUUGUAGUUGUGAACAUCAAAUGUGUUCACAACGCUAUUUUGGGCCGGCCUGGGAUAAACAAGGUUCGAGGGGUCAUCUCCAUGGCCCACCUCUGUAUGAAGUUCUAUACCCCGGGCGGUAUAGGACAAGUCAGAGGAGAUCAAAAGAAGGCUCGGCAUUGUUAUUUGGAAGCUGUAAAGAAAAUGACCAAGGCGUUCGAAAGGAUCACCUUGGUCUCCCAGGAAGAAGACCGGUCAAAGCUGGAACCGGGCGAUGAAACCGAACAGAUUGUUCUCCGGGAAGCCUUCCCGAAAAGAAUGGUAAGGAUUGGCAGAGAUCUGCCUGGAGGACUUCGAGAUGAAAUCAUCUCGGUCCUUAGGGAAUAUGCAGAUAUUUUUGCUUGGAGUGUGGCGGACAUGCCAGACGGCCAGAGGCCUAUUUACUAUGUGAGCAAAGCACUGAAUGGGGCUGAAAGCCGGUAUACUGCCAUUGAGAAAACGGCAUACGCGCUUUUCAUAACGGCCAAAAAACUGACCGCAUACUUCCAAGCUCAUACUGUGGAAGUACUCACCGAUCAGCCGCUUGGACCGAUCCUUCGAAAUUCAACCUCCUCGGGAAGGUUGAUCAAAUGGGCGAUGAUGCUAACUCAGUUCAAGAUAGAGUAUAAACCAAGGACUGCGAUUAAGGGUCAAGCUUUGGCAGACUUCCUCGUUGAACUGACCGGUCUGGAGCCCGAAGCCGGACCUUCCCAUACGGUCGAACCGUGGUGGGAUAUGGCCGUUGAUGGGGCCUCUGGACCGAAGGGAUGCGGUGCCGGCGUAGUCUUCACUACCCCGGAGGGAUUCAAGAUCUACCAUGCCUUGAUUUUCAACUUCAAGCUCACCAACAAUGAGGCGGAGUAUGAGGCGUUGGGCGGUGGCCUCAGAUUAGCCCGGACACUCGGAAUAAAAAGGAUGAAGAUCCGUUCCGACUCAAGUCUAGUAGUCGGACAGGUCAAUGGUGAGAUGGAGGUAAAAGAGGAUCGCCUGGCCCGGUAUAGUGAUCUGGUCCGAGCGCUUCUAAGGGAAUUAGAAGAGUUUCGUCUGACUAGGAUACCUCGGUCGGAAAACGCUGAUGCAGACAUGCUUUCAAAAUUGACGCAAGCUUGCCCAGAGCAUGUGUCAAAAUUGGCGAAAAUUGAGAUACUGGACGUACCGAGUACAGACCGGUUUGAAGUCGCGGCCAUCCAACCGGGCCAGACUUCAGCGACCGGGAUAAUCGGAGCAGACGAUGACUGGAGAUACGAACUCAUGGAGUAUUUGGAGACCGGUCAGAAGCCUGAUGACGAGGAACGAGCCAGGAAGGUGGUCCUACGGGCUCCACGUUUCCAGGUAAUCGAUGGUCAUCUAUACAAACGUGCCAUUGGCGGACCACUCUUGCGUUGCCUCACCAACCCGGAGGCUGAACGCGUAAUUGCCGAAGUACAUGAGGGAGUUUGUGCAGCCCAUCAAAUGUCCCGCACUUUGGCUCAAAGGAUCAUCCUGCUAGGCUACUAUUGGCCGACCAUUGUGGGGGACUGUGAGAGAGUGACUUCAAGAAGAGCAACUGGAGAGACCCCUUUCGUGUUAACUUACGGAUGUGAAGCCCGGUUACCAGUAAAGGCAGAAAUUCCGACAUUCAGAGAAACCGUCUACCAGCCCGGUCUUAACGAGAUCGACCACCUGGCUGAAUUGAAUCUGGUAGAAGAACGAAGGACCAUAGCUGCAGUCAAGAUGGCCGGUUACCAGCAGUCAGUAAAGCGGUAUCAUGACAACCGGGUAGGGCCGCGAUACUUCCAAGUGCAUGAUGAAGUCUUGCGCAGAAGGGAUGCUAGUAAGCCUAAUGAAAGGGGUAAGCUGGUACGAAACUGGGAGGGGCCCUAUCGCGUAAAAGCAAUCGUGAGACCGGACACUUACCAGUUGGAAACAAUGGAAGGUGGCCGGGUUGAGCGACACUGGAACUCUCACCACUUGCGUAAAUUCUUUAGAUAAAGUGUAAUGAGUUCCCGGUCAUUAAUAAAACUUUAUUCUUUUCAGAAAGAUUGUUCGCAUGCAUCAAACGGUGAUUCGUCACGUGACAAUCUACCCGGUUAGAUGUCCAAUCGAAUUGGACAUCUAAAAAAAAAAGAGACCGGUCUGACCAAUUCUAUACCUCAUCCGUACUGACACGGGAGUUAAAAACUAUUUGGCUUAACUAAUGGGAGAGCAUCCCGGCCAGUUUAAGCCAGAUGUUUGGAAGAAAAACUUAAGGUUUAC